AAAAUAAAACAACUGUUCGUUUUAGUUUUCAAAGGUUAUAAAUUUCAAUUACCAGUAUUAUUAUAAUUAAUAAUUGUAAUUAAUAAAUAUUUAUUGAAACUCAUUAUUUUUUAAAUUCUCCAGCCAAUUACACUUUUGCUUUAGUCAAUAAAAUUUUAUAAUUAAAAUAUAAACACAUGAAAAUGUCUGUCAUAAAAAGACCAACGACUGUACGUUUUGAAUGGGAAGCAAAAGACAUUUUCCAACCCAUGAAGUGGAUUUAUUCAGACCAAUUUUUCAUGGACGGCGUUAACGACGUGGCGUUUAAUCUCGGACUCCGUGCUAACAACACCGGUUACAUUGACGUCAGAGUAAUGAAGGGUAAUUUGGAGCUGGCAGAUGCUACAGUGGAGAUAACCAGCAAAGACGGUCCCUGGAAGCGGGAGAUAAAAGUAAACAAAUGGAAAAAUCUCUGCGUGAUAAAUGACUUUAUGAAGAAACCGGUAACUUACGAAGAAGUUUACAUCAACGGACACUACUCGUACGUUUACACAGUGAACAUUAUGUGUAAAAUUCUAUGGAACGGUUUCAUUGACAACGAGCGAAUAACCAGAAUGGACGACACCAAUUUAUUUGAAGACUUGAGGAAGUUCCACAAGUCCCAGCUCUUCAGCGACGUCACCCUGACCAUUGAGGGCCACGACCUGCCGGCUCACAAAAUAAUUCUAGCGGCUCACAGUCCCGUGUUUGCUAAAAUGCUGACUGCUGAUACCCGGGAGGUGAAGAACAGAAUCAUUGAGAUAACGAACAUCAAGGCUGAGUCUCUGGCUGACAUGCUGACGUUCUUUUACACCGGAAGGACAAAAGGAUCCGAGAAUGUGAACAAUGCGCUGCAGAUGCUCGAGGUUGCCAACAUUUACCAGGUCAACAAAUUGAAGUGCGUCUGCGAGGCGACUCUGCUGAAAUUAAUGACCGUCGACAAUGUCCUGCGUAUCGUUGACGCUGCUGAUGACUUCAAUGCCAUCAGGCUUCGCGAGGACGCUCUUACUUUUAUGGCCAACAACAAAGACAAGAUUGUUGAGCUCCCGAGUUUCAAAACUUUGUUCUUUAAAAAAGUUGAGCUCAUGUAUGAUUUUAUGUGCUCACAUGAAUCCAAACGGAUGAAACUUACUGUCGAAUAAUUUAUUAGACGAAUUGUGAGAUGUUUAAUUAUUCGUUUUUGUAUUUUGUCAAUUCAUGAUCCGGAAGGUAGCAGACAAUCAACAAUUUUCGAUUUUUUUUUUAAAUUUCAUUUAAAAAAAAUAAAUAAAAAAAUGCACAUGUAGAAAAUUUAAAAAUCUAAGUGCAAUUUUUUUGAAUAUUUUUUUUUAUGAUUUGUUGAUUUAAAAAAAAUCUAAAAAUUACUAGACGUCGGCUAACUUCAGCAUCAAUGUCAAUUCCAGGGCAGAUUCUCAGUUAGAUAUCAAAAUUAAUUGAUAUUCAAAUUAAAACUCAUUCUAACAUUUGAUUAUUAAUAUCUUUAAUAAUUAUAGUUAAUGUUCGAUGCGUUGAAAUUAAGUAAUUGGUUACUUAUAUUAUAACUUAUGCAUAAUUUUAAUCAUGUGAAUUUUUUGACAAUUCAUUAAUUUGUUUAAUUAUUUUUCUUUUUAUAAAUUAGAAUAAUUAAAAUUUAAAAACGAGAAAAAAAAUGAAUGGAAUAUUUUUGUAAAUUAAUUAGUGAUUUAAAAAACUGCGACUUUAAGUG